AUGCUUGUUCAAUGCGUGAUACUCGAUACCGGUGGGAAUCAAGUCGGAUGUGCGUACUGCAUGAAUGUCAAGCAUAGGUCUGUACUGACGAUCGACUGUGUGCCGUCCGGUACAUCAGUGGUGGGUGCGUAUAGUGUUCAUGUCGAGGAUCGAUAUGCGCUGACGACACACUGCGUGCCGUUCGGUACCUCAGCGGUGGGUGCGUAUAGUGUUCAUGUCGAGGAUAGAUAUGCACUGACGACACAAUGCGUGCCGUUCGGUACCUCAGGAGGAGGUGCGUAUAGGAUUGAUGUCGAGGAUGGAUACGCACUGACGGCACAAUGCGUGCCCUUCGGUACCUCAGUGGGUGCGUAUAGUGUUCAUGUCGAGGAUCGAUAUGCGCUGACGACACACUGCGUGCCGUUCGGUACCUCAGCGGUGGGUGCGUAUAGUGUUCAUGUCGAGGAUAGAUAUGCACUGACGACACAAUGCGUGCCGUUCGGUACCUCAGGAGGUGCGUAUAGUGUUCAUGUCAAGGAUGGAUAUGCGCUGACGACACAAUGCGUGCCGUUCGGUACCUCAGCUUGUGCGUAUAGUGUUCAUGUCGAGGAUGGAUAUGCACUGACGACACACUACAUGCUGUUUGGCUCCUCAGCGGGUGCGUAA